UUAAAUAAUGACCAUCUCAGGCUGGAUUUCUUCAAUGGACACUGCGAUGAUGUCCCAAACGGCACAGAGUGCAGGACAGGGACGGCAGAGACAUAACACGACCGGAGGCUCCUCGUCGGUGGUGUUGUCCACGGCCAGCUCUUUCCUCUGCUGGAUCGCCCUGCUGUCAGUAAUGCGCCUGCCAGCGGUCGCAGCUGACUGCUGGCUCAUAGAGGGAGAGAAAGGCUUCGUCUGGCUGGCUAUCUGCAGCAUGAACCAGCCUCCCUAUGAGGCCAUCCCCGCUCACAUUAACAGCACCAUCGUGGAUCUGAGGCUGAACGAGAACAAGAUACGGUCGGUCCAUUAUUCUUCGCUCAGCCGCUUCGGCAACCUCACCUAUCUCAACCUCACCAAGAACGAUAUCAGCUACGUGGAAGAUGGAGCGUUCUCCGCACAAUUCAAUCUCCAGGUUCUCCAGAUGGGCUUUAACAAGUUGCGGAACCUGACAGAGGGGAUGCUGCGAGGCCUGGGCAAGCUGCAGUAUCUCUACCUGCAAGCCAACCUCAUCGAGACUGUUUCACCUAACGCCUUUUGGGAAUGCCCCAACAUAGAGAACAUAGAUCUCUCCAUGAACAGGAUCCAGGUGUUGGAUGGCAGUUUGUUCUCCGGACUCUCCAAGCUGACCACUUGUGAACUUUACACCAACCCUUUCAACUGCUCCUGCGAGCUGCUGGCUUUCCUGCGCUGGCUCUCCGCUUUCCCAAACAGGACCAGUGAGAGGAUGGUGUGCGACUCCCCCCAAGGCUUCUCUGGCUACAACCUCCUGAGCCAGAACCCCCGCAUGCCCACCCAGCGCAACGCUCUGCACGUGCUCAGUCUUGUAUGCAUGUACGAUAGCGUGACGUCCUUCUAUAUUAUCGAUUCCACCACCCAGCUGCCAGAUUUCGCCACUCCCUGCGGAUUGGACGACUGCGCUUCUGGGACCCCUCCAGAUGAGGAAAUCAGCUUGAGCCCCAUUUUCCCUGAUGCUAAACCAGUUAUGGUUUUAAAGCAGGUGCAACACUCCAGCGCUGUGAUAAAUGUUCAAAUUCCCCACCCAUUCAAGAAAAUGUACAUCCUGAUGCUUUACAACAACAGCUUCUACACUGACAUCCAGACUCUGAAACGUCCGAUUGAAGAUAUUGAAUUAGGUAACCUCAAACCGAACACGGACUACACAUACUGCGUGGCCUCUGUUCGGAACUCCCUGCGCUUCAACCACACCUGCCUGACCAUCUCGACCGGCCGGCGAGCCGGAGCUGAAAUGGUCGCCAAUCAGUCAUCGGCCACACACUACAUCAUGACCAUCCUGGGCUGCCUGUUUGGAAUGCUGCUCUUUCUGGGCUUCGUCGUCCACUGCCUGAGGAAGAGGAGGAUCAUGCAGGAGAAGGAGAGAAAGAUGAGCAGGAUCCAGAGGACUCUGAUAGAGCUCAAGUACGGCGGAGAAGGGGACAUAGAGGGAGGAAGCGGAGGAUCCCAGAAGCUGUCCGGUGGGGACAGCCUGUCCAGAAUGCCCUACCUUCCUCAGGGCGGUGAGAUUGAUCCAUACAAGCUUCAGGAGGUGAUUGAAACACCAGCACACAAACCGGCGAAACUGAAUUACAUAGAGGUCAGAAGCUCCGGCAUUGAGAGGGAGAGAGAACGAGAGAGAGAAAGGGACAUGUCCCCACAAGCAAAUCCCCAAGGCUCGGUGGCAGAGAUCUCUACCAUCGCAAAAGAAGUUGAUAAAGUUAACCAGAUCAUCAACAACUGCAUAGAUGCUCUCAAAUCUGAGUCUACCUCCUUUCAACAGGGGAUGAAAUCUCCCUCUGCCGCAGGUGGAGGAGCUGUUUCGACAGCAGAGCCACAGCUGGUGCUGCUUUCUGAGCAGGGAGAGCGAGGAGAGAGAGGCGGGGAGUUCCUCUCCCCGGUGUACAAGGGCGGAAGAGGAGGAAGAGAAGAAAGGGGAAGGAGCUACCAUCAUUCACUGCAGCGACACCACAGCAUGGAAGCUCCUCCGACAUCCAAAAGGCCAAGCACCUCCUCCUCCCCUGGAUCUGCUCGGAGCCCUCGCUCCUUCCGCUCUGAAGGAGGGUAUCACUCGUCAGAGACGCGCUACAUCGAGAGAACCUCGCCAGGAGAGAGAGGAGAGAGGGGGGACCGAGGAGACCGGGGAGAGAGAGGAGAGAGGGGAGAGAGGGGAGAAAGGGGAGGCGGCGGCGAGGCCAUUCGCACUGUCAACCCGGCAGCUGCCAUCUUGAGAGCUGAAGCCCAGAGAAUCCGCCAGUACAACGAACACCGCCAUUCUUAUCCCGGCUCCCAGCAGCACCUGCAGGAGCUGCAGCACCAUCCCCAGAUCCUGCAGGAGCUCCACCACCAUCCAAGCGGCCGCAAGCCUUCCGUGCUGGACCCCAUCACUCUCAGCAGGCAGGCCAAGCAGCGGGAGCUGGCCUACUCCCAGCUCUCUCCACACUACCCGCUAUCGCCGCAGUACCACAACCUCAGCUACUGCUCCAGUCCCGAGGACGACGAGGAAGAGGAAGGGCUCCUCUGCACCCCGACCCUGGGGCUCUGGGAGAGGUUCAAACUGCACCGCAAGAGGCACCGGCAGGCAUCAAUGGAGGACGAAGGAUAUGUGGCGGCCGGACAUGCGCUGAGGCGAAAGGUUCAGUUUGCCAAGGAUGAAGAUCUUCACGACAUUCUGGACUACUGGAAAGGAGUGUCGGCCCAGCAGAAGGCCUGAUCCCACACUCGCAAACCUCAAACAUUUUGAAGUUGGAAAAAACCCCAACAUUGCAUCCACGAUGCACUGACCUUCUCAAUAAAGACCUGUAAAUACUCAAACACACACAACUUACAGGAUCUACAGAAGACACACACACAAACACACACACACACACACAGGCUGAUACCUAACACAAACUAAGCCUUUUCAUCAGAGAAAAAUGGAGGAGGACCAAACUAAUAUAAUAUAUUGAAAAACAAAAAUUAUAACUUAUAGAGACUGAGUUACUUUUUGUAUUGUAAUGGAGAUCAUAGCUCAGACUUAUGUAGCUAUUUGUACUAAGUUUUGAUCGAAAAAAAAAGAA